AUGGAUCAAGAGUUUCUGAGACCACCCGAAAGCUGGUCGAGAGCUGUCUCUCGCCAGGAGCGCUCUGGGUCUGGACCACUCUCGAGUUGCACAGUAGCUAGGGACGGUGCGGCUAUAAUAACUGACUUGAACGAACAGAUCAAUGGAGCGAAGCAUCAGAUUCGAGAUCUAGAGAAAAUUCUGGACUCAAACUGCAACGCCGCAGAGAAGAUAGUAAGCUCACUGCUUAGGGAAAGACAUCAUCUCAGAGAGGCUUUAAAAAGAAGCGAAAUGAGAGUCGAGAAUGAAGCUAGAAAACUUAGACAAGCUAGCAGGACAGCCCAGCUAUUAUUUGACGUCCUUUGUGAGAAUAGAGCAGAUCUCAAGUGCGAAAUCAAGUGCCAUAAGGAAAUGGGUGAGGCUCUCGAGGAAAGCUUAAAGGCUACAGCGGAGGCUAUCCAGAAAGAGGCGGAGCGAGAUCAGGAGGUCUCAGCCCUGCGCGAAGAACUCAGAAUAGUAACUAAUUCAGUCUCGGAUCAGCGAAACAUUUCACGUAUCGUCUCGCAGCAAGUGGAAAGCCUGGAGAGACUCGUCACAAUACAACACAACGAAAUCAAGCAUCACAAGUCGGAAAUCGAAGACUUAAAGCAGGUCAACAAGAUCCUAACAGAAGAGAAUGACCGUCUCCAUGUCGAUAGCUCCUCCAUUCAAAAGGCAUCCAUAGGCACUCAAACGGACUACUACUCAGACAAAACGUCAAGCGCCGUAGUGCGUAGACUUGAAGAGCAAAUCAUAAUAUCUAGGAAGCAAACUCAGAAGCUACUUGCCGAGGUACAGCACAAGGGAGGACAGCAAGCCGAAUUGGAGAAGAAUUACUCAUCUGAGCGGCACCAGGCGACAAGCCAGACUAUCCAUGAAUAUCAGAGAAACGAGCGCAUGGCAAAGACAGACCAACAACCAGCUGCACGAGUGGCCCAGCUGUACACAAAUGACAAACGAACAUCGGAUAAUCCAAACGUCGGACACCAGUAUCUAGGAUCUAUUGGGUCACGCUUAAUGGCGGCGCAAUACAAGCCAAUGGAAGCCCAGACACGGGAGUUCAGGGAAAGGCAGGAGAUCCAGGAGGCCGAAACUAUGCAGAACAUACGGAGGGAAGAGCAGAUGGCGCAGUUCAGGAUGAACAUGUCGAGGCAGCACCACCCUUUUCGCCGCGGUGUCCCGGAGCCACCCCCCGCGAUAUUGUCGAUGCAGAGGAUCGAGAAUAGGCUGCGGGAGUCGAUCAUGGCAAGAAGAGGGAGACCACGCCUAUCUCGAUUUCCUACGAACCCGCGUCCUUCCCCCGCGGGCGAGAAUACCCAGGGUGCUGCCUCUGGUGAUGGGGAUGGGGAUGGGGAUGCGGGCGGCGAAGACAAUGGCGAGCAUGCUGUGUGUAUGAUGGUGCCACUCGACGACCCUAUAUAUGACGCGUUUAAUAACGACAACGGCUACAACAAUAACAACAACUGA